AACAGCAAAUAAUUGCACGAGGAAACGUAAUAUUAAAUACUAAGGAUUAUUAUUAAAGCAAACAAAAACAAAGAUUAUGGAUUUAUCUAUGUAUGGCGAAAAUUUGAAUUUCAGCAGUUCUGAUGAAAUAAGCUCUGAUGAAGAAAGCGGAAAUAUAAAAGAAGUCUAUGAACAAACUUUGAGUAUCAUUGAAAAUAAUUGUUUACCUACACGUGAUAUUGUUUAUGAAGGAAAAAAAAAAUUAAUUUAUCAUUGUAAUUCGCAUGAAGAAGCAUUAAACUGUGUGAAAAAUUAUGAGUUAGCAACUACAACAAGAUUUGUUGUCUAUAGUGUAACCAAGGACUUUGGAAUAACAGAAAUGAUUGCAAAAAAUCAUAAUGUUCUAUGGGAAGAUUAUGCCAUUCAGUAUUCAGGCAUACCUCAUAUGGUUGUUGGUCACAAAAUUUUAGAUUGUCAUCAUGGUUUUGAUAGGAAUAUUUCAGCGAAAAAUAGUUAUAAAAAAAAUUAAAAAAAUGCCAAGAUGGAUGAUCACAGCUUUCAGAAAAAUUAUGUGAUUCUGCAAGAUACAAAAAAGUUUAUGUGUCCUGCAAAGAUAGUAAUGAGAGAAAUAUUACAAUUUCCUGAUUUCAAGGUUUGAGUAACUAAAUUAUAGGUAACAUGCCUUUUUUAAUUUUGUAAUGUAUGGUGGUGUGACAUAAAGCAGCCCUGAAUCGGAUUAAAGGGUCGCCUAAGGUUAGUGGAAAGAUGUAACUUUUUAAAAAUAUGCCUUUAUUGAAACAGGAUUAAGUUUUAGGUGUCUCACUCAACUUUCUUGACUAAGUCCCUCUAUAAACUCAGUUUAGCCCUUAUUGUUUUUGUAUUAUUGUUUUAAUUUAGAUACCUAAGCAUUCAGCUUGGCACAAAAAAAAAAGCAUCAAAACUAUUGAAAGAAAAAUUAAAAUUUUCAUGUUUAAAUGAAGAACCUUAUAUUCGGAAAGUUGUUGUAGCUAUUGAUGAUUUAUCAUGUCAUGAU